UUAGUACAGUAUACCUCGCUGUCAAUAUUCAAGGCAAUAGUGGUGACGAUUCUGUCGAUAAGCACAAGUAGUUGGGCUCAGAAUCAAUGUGUCUGUCCUACCAGUGAUGAUGACUUGAGUACUUUGAAGUCACUUAUGAGACAUGGCAUCCGAGCCCCUUGGACUACCUACCCAUUGGAUCCAUUUGCUGCCAACAACUCGCAGCGAUUCCCUAACGGAGGCUCACAAUUGACUGAUGCUGGUAUAGAUCAGGCGUAUAAUAUGGGCCGGUAUUAUAAGCAACGGUACGGCAAGUUUAUCGAUGAGAAUCCCAAAAGUGCUUUCUUGAGGGCAUCGGCAGCUCAACGAUGUAUCGACACCCUGUCCAUUGUGGCCAAAAAGUUGUGGCCCCCGGCAGUCGAUAAUAAAAAGCAAUGGCAGCCGAUGAUAUUUUCAUUGCCACAAAAGAUCGAUAGCAUUUUAUACGAAGAGCCGGAUUGCGAGCACGCGGAGGAAGAGGAGCAAAAAAAUCUGAAGACUCCUGAAGUACAGGCCUAUGAGGCCGACCCUAAGAUACAGGAAUUAUACAAAUUCACGAAAGAAAAGACUGGACUUAAGGCCGACAUGUAUUCAGUGACCAAAGCGUUUGAUUGUAUCCGUUGUGAGAAACUCAAUGGACUUCAAUCGCCCGAUUGGGCCACACCUGAGAUCUACGAUAGGAUGGGUGAUGUACUGUCCAAUAGACUCAACUUCUUCUAUAAGUCCACUAAAGCACAGAGACUUAGGGCUGGACCAAUUCUUGAGGACUUCAAGACAAAUAUGGAUAAUGUUAUUAACGCUAAGGCGACCGAUAAGCCUAAAAAAGUAUACAUUUAUACCUCGCAUGACUUCAAAAUCGCAUCGGUAUUAUCAGCUCUGGGUGACCCUCAACCCAAGUACCCUCCCUUCGCGGCGGCCCUCAUACUUGAAUUGCACAAAAUUGGCGACAAAAACAUCGUACGGGCCCUCUAUGUGGACCAGACGGUCAACUGGCCCUACACCGCCAUUAAGCUACCCCUCACCAAAUGCCAGGUCAAAGCAGGUCCAGGUGCUAAGGACUGUACUUUCGAGAACUUUGUCAACUCGAUCGCCGACUUAACACCAGUGGACUGGCGAUCCGAGUGUGGACUGGACUGUAAGUAUGACCCCUUCAAGUCGGCUGAAGACAAUUUGGGACAAACAUAGUGUGACUGUCAGAGAGCACUGGUAACCCAUUAUACUGUAAUAUGGGUGCUUUCGAGUGCAAGAAUUUAUUGAUUUAUAAAUUGUAUACUGUAUACAAUAAUACUGUAUUACAUUUAAAGUUUAAUUCAAAUAAAAUUCAAAUGAAAACACAGUUAAUUAAUUAA